GCUGGAGCACUCACGAGCCGCUACCAGUUUGAAAACAAACGUACCACUGUAAAUUGCUAGUAACACCAAAAAGAGUACAAAGUAUAAUAAAAGUGCGCAAUAUUGUCGUUCAAAAAAGUUGAAAAUAUUAAGUGAAGUUGAAUUAUCAGUGAAAAUGGCGCUAAGUAAUUCAUUUUUCCGCAAUUGGUGGAAUACCUCGCUUCGUGCAUCUCGGAUGCUGGAUCAUCACUUUGGUCCGACCAACGAACUGUUGAACAGCAUGCGUUUGGCGGUAGCUGCACAGAAUGCUCUUCUAGAUGAAAUGACUAACACAUUUUCACGGCCCUGGUUCAACAGGCCGUCGGACUCGGAAUCCCUCGUAAAGAUCGCCAACAACAAGUUCCAAAUCAAUCUGGAUGUACAGAACUUUGCACCGGAGGAAAUAUCCGUCAAGGCAACAGACGAUAGCAUCAUAGUCGAGGGCAAACAUGAAGAGCGUCAGGACGAACACGGAUUCAUCACGCGCCACUUUGUGCGCCGUUUCAUGCUCCCUGCGGGACACGACCGUGAUGGAAUUGUAUCGUCCCUCUCGUCGGAUGGUGUUCUGACCAUCAUGGCACCCAUCAAAGAACAAUUGCCGAAGGAGGACGUGAAGGCAAUACCGAUAGUUCAGACCGGUGAACCACAAAAGGAAAGGAUCGCGGCGAAAUCAGAAACAUCUGCAGAAAAAUCCGAGAAGUCCGAGAAACCUGAAGCGGAUAAGCCAUCUGAGAAGUGAACUGCCAAAAGCAGGGGAAGAACAUAAGCUUGGCAGCUUAUUACCUACCUCAAAGAAACUGUAAAAUGUUGCAUUUAGAUUAAUGUAGAUUGCUUGAAAAAAAAAAACCUGUAAAUAUAGUAUUAGAUUUCAAA